AUGUUUUGCUAUCAAUGCCCGCCCGCCCUGCAUCCCUGCGGACCGCAUCCCCCUCGCCUGCCCACACUGGACUAUCCGUUUGCCGCCACGCAUCCAUAUACCAGUUACUCGUAUCAUCCUGCCAUACACGAUGAGACUUUUGUGCGGCGCAAACAACGACGAAAUCGCACAACCUUUACACUGCAACAGCUGGAGGAGUUGGAAACGGCAUUUGCCCAGACCCAUUAUCCGGAUGUAUUUACACGAGAGGAUCUGGCCAUGAAAAUCAACUUAACCGAGGCACGAGUCCAGGUCUGGUUCCAGAAUAGACGCGCCAAAUGGCGCAAGGCGGAGCGUCUAAAGGAUGAGCAACGCAAGCGGGAAAAUGGAGAAAGCAGCAGCUCAUUGGAAAAGCUGCAUGACUCACGCGAAUCGUCGCCAGACAUUACCGGCGAGAUAGAUGAUGAUAUGGAUGAGCUGCCGCCGCGACAGCGUUCGCACAGUCCCCUGACAAAUGGACCCAUGGAACAGCAACAUUCACGCAGUCCCCCUGGCGCCCAUCAUCUGGACUCUAGCGAUAAUGAGCGACCACUGUCCUCCACUCAAUUGACUGCCACACCGCACUCCGCCUCCCAAUCUCUGGGCUCGAUUAGCGCCGGUUCCCCCUCGCCGGGCAUGCGCGAGCACACGCCUCUGGCCGGUGGACUGGGACCCAGCAGCCCCUCCAAUUCCCGCAACACCGACUCACCCAUCGAGGUGGGCGGCCCCAUGUCGUUGACCACGGGCUCCCGCAUGGCUGCGUCAUCCAACAACUCGGCCUCGUCCACCCCAACACCAACAACACCACAUGCUGCCCAGCUGCCCCAUUCAGCCGCUGCAGCGGCUUUUGGAAGCCACAUCUUUGGCAGCUUCGGUGCUGGCAGUGUUGCCAACGAUACCAAUUGCGGCUUUCGUCCAGUGCUCAGCGAGCAGAGCGCGGUGGCAGCAGCAGCAGCCGCAGCAGCGGCACAACGCAGCGCCAAUCAUCCACCGCUUUUCCUGCCGCCCCAUCUGGCGGCACAGUUCUCACACCAGCCGCUAUUUCCAGGUCUGAAAGGUGUGUCGCCCUUCCAGAGUCUGUGCUCAUGUUGCUCCCUGAAGCCGCCGCCAAUGCCACCAACAUCAUCGGCAUCGGUGAUGGCGCCUUUGAGUGUGCCAGUUAGCAGCAGCUCGGCGGCCAGCUCUCCAGAGUCACCCAAGUCGGUAGGUGGUAGUGCUGCUGGUGGUGGUGCACAUGAUCCACGCUCCAAUUCUGUGGCCGAGCUGCGGCGCAAGGCGCAGGAACAUUCGGCAGCGCUGUUGCAGUCGUUGCAUGCAGCAGCUGCGGCAGGUUUGGCAUUUCCCGGUCUGCACUUGCCACCGCUCUCGUUCGCACAUCAUCCGGCGCUGGGGCAUGCUGUCAAUCACAACAACAACAACAACAAUAUGAACAAUAAUUCGAUGCGCCUGAAGCAUGAGGCUCAGGACAUGACGGCCAGCACUAUGAAUGGUCUGGGAGCAGGUGGAGCUGCCUCUCUGCCUUCUGCCACAAGUUCCACUUCAGCAGCUCUGCUCGAUUUGGCCGAGUCUGCGGCAGCAUAUCAUCAUCAUCAACAACAGCAACAACAGCAACAUCUUGCGGCAUUGUCGCCACCGACCACGCCCACUCAACAACAGCAGCAGCAACUGUCGACGGCUGCAGUGCGUCAGGAUUCGCCGCCUGCAACUGCAACGCUCAAUGGCAACGCAACAACGCAAACAAAGAGCGAGUAAAUUGGAGACAUGCAACAUGUGCAAUUCAUUUAUUAAGAAAUACAAUUUAUUAACUUUAGAUCUUAAUAUAAAUCUACUUCUAUAAAACAUUUACAGUAUAAACUAGGCAUUAGUCUUAGGCAUUUAAAAUAGAUGGCAACGCACACACAAUAAAACUCACAUCUAAAAACAUAUUAUAGAUUAUACUUAGUUAGACACGGUCAGCUGAUAAUCUACAACACGGAGAGGAUUCCUUCAGAGAGAAAUAGAGAGC